AUGGCGUCCAAGGCGUGCAUGAAUGCAUUAUGCGGCGCAUCCACGUCGAGCCAUUGGAGAAAAGGUUGGGGGCUGCGAUCUGGUGAAUUCGCCAAUCUCUGCGAUAAGUGCGGGUUGGCAUACGAGCAGACAAUCUUUUGUGAAGUAUUUCAUGCUAAGGAUUCUGGCUGGAGGGAAUGCACUUCAUGUGGCAAGCGUCUCCACUGUGGGUGUGUUGCUUCCAGGCUUCUGCUUGAGCUCCUAGAUGGGGGUGGCAUUAACUGCAUAAACUGUUCUAGAGCUUCAGGAGUGAAUCAUGUUGGGGCUGACAAAAGACCUAAUGGGUUUUCCAAAUCAAGAAUUGAUGACAUUGGGGAACUACAAUCUCUCUCAGCUGAGAAUGGGGUGGACGUUGAAAGAAAGCUCUUGCACUUAGGCAGUAACACUGAAAGUAUUGGCGCAAGACAUUUGCUUCAGUUGCACGGCGAGGACACCAAUGGUUCUUAUAGACAAAUGAAACCGGAAGCUCUUGUCCCUCAUAUGGGUGAAAUGGGAAGCACAAGCUUCUCACAUUUUAACCAAGCAUCCAACGCAUUUUCUCAAGCUAGCAAUGCAGAGAUUGGUAAAGCAAGCAUUGGGGCAAAGGAUUUGUAUGAGUCACUAACACAUACAAACUUGAGUAUUGCACUUGGUUCUCCAAUGGGGAAUCCAAAUCCCUUUGCAACUGUUGUUGAUGAAAGGUCUCAAAGUAAGACACCUCCACUUCAGGCGUCAAGGUCUCGCCAUCUAUUACCCAAGCCUCCGAAGUCAAAUCUUGUUACAGGUUUGGAGCCGAAUGCUAUGUCUUCACCAAUACGUGUUGCUCGACCACCUGCUGAAGGACGGGGAAGAAAUCAGUUGCUACCUCGUUAUUGGCCUAGGAUCACUGACCAAGAACUUCAGCAAAUCUCCAUGGAUUCGAAUUCCACCAUCGUUCCUCUGUUUGAAAAGGUUCUCAGUGCAAGUGAUGCUGGUCGUAUAGGCCGUUUAGUUCUCCCUAAGGCUUGUGCUGAAGCAUAUUUUCCACCUAUCUCUCAACCAGAGGGCAUUCCGCUUAGGAUUCAAGAUGUGAAGGGGAAAGAGUGGGUGUUUCAGUUCAGAUUUUGGCCGAAUAAUAAUAGCAGGAUGUAUGUUUUGGAAGGUGUAACCCCUUGCAUACAGUCCAUGCAGUUGCAAGCUGGAGAUACCGUAACAUUCAGCCGCAUGGAUCCAGAGGGGAAACUUGUUAUGGGAUUUAGGAAAGCAUCAAAUUCAAUCGCAAUGCAGGACAUUCAACCAUCUGCCAUUCCUAAUGGUGUUCAUUCAAGUGAAAGUUGCUUUUCCGGUGUUUAUGAGAACCUACGUGUAACAAGUGGUUACUGUGGCAUUCUUCAGUCUCUGAAGGGAAGCAAUGAUGCGCACUUAAGUGCACUGUCAAAACAUUUGCAGUCAACUAGUGGUGAUAUUAGUUGGCAUAAAUCUGAGAAGCUGGAGGACAGGACUCAGGAAGGGUUGAUGCUGCCAUCAAUACUGAUCCCCGAGAGAAAAAGAGCAAGGAAUCUUGGAUCCAAAAGUAAAAGGCUACUUAUGGACAACCAAGAUGCUUUGGAGCUGAAGCUCACCUGGGAAGAAGCCCAAGAUUUGCUCCGCCCACCGCCAACUGCUAAACCAAACAUUGUCACUAUUGAGGAUCAUGAUUUUGAAGAAUAUGAAGAGCCUCCUGUUUUCGGGAAGAGAAGUAUAUUUGUUGCCCGCUCAACCGGAAUACAAGAGCAAUGGGCUCAGUGUGAUAGCUGUUUCAAGUGGAGAAAGUUGCCAGUUGAUGUGCUUCUUCCACCGAAGUGGACAUGCAGAGAAAACGAUUGGGAUCAAAGCAGGUCUUCGUGUUCUGCUCCAGAUGAAUUAUCCCCAAGGGAAUUAGAAAAUCUACUCACAAAUAAUAAGGAUUUCAAGAAACGGAGACUGUCAAGCAGCCAGGGAGGGGCGCAGGAACCUGAGUCUUCUGGGCUUGACGCUCUGGCCAAUGCUGCAAUCCUGGGAGACAUUGGUGGUGAGCAAGGCACGGCUACAGUUGCAACAACAACCAAGCACCCCCGGCAUCGCCCGGGCUGCUCUUGCAUCGUUUGCAUCCAGCCCCCUAGCGGGAAAGGCAAGCACAAGCCCACUUGCACAUGCAACGUAUGCAUGACAGUCAAACGUCGAUUCAAGACCCUAAUGAUGCGAAAGAAGAAGCGCCAAUCCGAACGCGAAGCAGAGAUGGCUCAGCGAAAUCAGUUGCAGCAGCAGUGGGGUUUGCACAAAGAUGAGGCAGAGGCAGAAAGCAGCUCCAAGGCCGCUUCUACUUCACAGAUGGAUCAUCAACAUUCAGAGAAUGUAGCGGCGAGAAUGGCGAUUGAGUUGACUCAAAACAAGUUGGCUGAGAAACUGCCGGCAGUUGAGAAUGGAAAGGGACAGAUAGACUUGAACUGCCAUCCUGAACGCGAAGAAGAUUCCCAACAACCGACAAUGCUGAACCUCAUUCAAGUAGCGACCCUUCCAUUGGAAUCCUAUCUGAAGCAGAAUGGAUUGGCGAGCUUGGCGACUGAGCAAGAAGGAAGUUCGACGUCUCAUGUGCCGGCUGCUCCAGGUGGCAGCGGCGACAGUGAAGAGCAACAAAUUCCAGAGGAGGAUCGCCAGCUGGAUUCAGCUGCUCAUGAGCAAGAGGCCGAGGGAGAAGUAAACAACCACCAACCUGAUGGCACAGAAGAUAACCAGAAAGAGCCUGCUUGA